AUGGUCCGUCAACACGAUACCGAUUCGCUCGAUCUGAAAAAGAGCCCCUCACUCGACUUUGAGAGCUCUUUCCCAUGUGUUGAUGUUUCUUUACAAGACGGGAUUGAAGACACCUAUCUUCAGGCCAUGGAUAGGCCCCCAUCCAUUCGCCCCUUAUCUUACCGAUCAGGUUCAUUCGUCAUGGACCAUGAGUCAGACUGGCGUGCGUGGCUCUGUGUCUUUGGCUCAUUCCUCUUUCUGGUUUGCUCAGCUGGUUUGAACGGCUCCAUCGGCACAAUCCAGUCAUACUUCAGUGACAACCAACUCAAAAACAACACCAACAGCCAAAUCGGCUGGAUCAUCGGUGUAUACCUAUUCCUCGCCUGCGUUCCCAGUUUCCUCUACGGCUCUCUUCUCGAUCGUUACGGCCCUCGACUCCUAAGCGCAAUCGGAGGUAUUCUCUCGAUCGCCACUUUUCUCAUAAUGGGGCAGUGCAAAACAUACUGGCAGUUCAUGGUUUGUUUCGGUGUCUUUGGCAGUAUCGGCACUGGUAUCAACUGCACUGUUGCUAUUGGAGUGGUGGGAAAGUUAUUCGUUCGUCGACGAGGCUUCGCUAUGGGCAUUGCUGUUACGGGAGCUUCCCUUGGUGCUACCAUCUUUCCAAUUAUUCUUCACUCGACCUUUGAGCAUCUUGGUUGGACUUGGUCAAUGAGGAUCGUGGCGAUAGUUAUUGCCUCCUCGACGAGUGUUGGAUUCCUUUGUUUUCUGCCCUUCGAACGUCUUGUCUUGGGCACCGACAACUAUGACCCGUAUGCAAAUACAGGUUCCGUAUUUGAUCUCUCGGCAUGGAAGAGCUCCAGCUUCUUUUUCGUGGCUUUCAGCAUGCUCCUGAUGGAGUUUGUCAACUGUGGCAUAGCCGGUCUGCUCCCAGCUAUAUCAACCAGCGCUGGUUUCACUGCCAAGGACGGAUUCAUCCUUCUUUCGGUCAUAGGCGGAACCUCAUGUGUCAGCCGCUUAAUCAUGGGCCGUUCAAGCGAUCGCAUUGGAGGAAUGAACGCAAUGGUCAUCACAAUGGUGCUCAUGGUCGUUCUGAUAUCCACCAUUUUCUUCCCUUUUACUACAUCCGGCCGCCCCUUUUUCUACGCAUUCGCAGCACUUUGGGGCCUCCUCUCAGGAUCUUUCUAUACAAUGGCUCCAAUUUGCGUCGGCAAAACAUGCGCUGCCAGGGAUUAUGCGAGAUAUUAUGGCUCUACCAACUUGCUUGUAGGAGUGUCGCUUCUUAUCGCCAAUCCCUUGAGUGCCCUCAUGUUGGAGAAGGCGGGCGCAAAGCCUCUGGCGUUCCUCUAUCUUGGUGUUACCCUUGCUGCAUUGGUGUCGAUUGCGGUAGCUCGUGGACUUGUUAUGGGGAACUUCCUUGUUCUGAUGAGGAAAAUUUAG